AUGUCAACAACUUGGCUGCUUUCGCUGCCGCUGCUGCUGUUAGGCCAUUCUCAUGGCGAUAUAUCAGUGAAUGCCAUAGCCAACAGUGAUGUUUUGGAUGUGUUUGCCAAAACGCCGCAACUGGCAUUGCCCACUAAGGCGCAUACAAACUUCGAAGCCCACGUCAACAAUGUCUCGCUGACAAAUGCUGAGGAAAUGCCAGUGGAUCCAGUGGCACCACAUGCUGCUUCAUUGAUGCCACUGUCGCAGCAUAAGCUUUCGAGGGGUAAACGAUUUGUGGCAUUUCCGGUUGGCUCGUCGGCAUCUGCCGCUGUGUGUCUGACCACAGGCGUCAUUGGCAAUCCUCACUACUUGUAUCUUAGCUUUGGUCUAAAUUGGGGCAUUGCGUACGAUUUGCCCAACAUUACAUGGGUGUUACACAACGCCCAUGGCUGGAAUACAAGGAAACCCGGCUCGGCCCAGGCCAAAAUCAAGCGCAGGCAUCGACGUGAUCUCUACGGCAACUUCGAGACAAUGAUAGACAGCAAUGAUUUAUGGCCGCCGCCAACAUUGAUGACUAUGAUGGAACGUGCAAAGACAUCGUCUGUGUCAACUGCACCACCAACCGCUGGUGUCGCUCUGCCACCAUCAACCAAAGUGGUGCGCUUACUGAGCCGACCCAAGCGAUAUCUCAGCUUUCCCGAGGGCUCCUCGUUCACCGUUGCUGUGUGCUUCACUGUGGGCAUCAUCGGUAAUCCCAACUAUGCAUACAAUGCUUUCGGCCUCAAUUGGGGAGUUGCAUACGAUCUGCCCAAUAACACGUGGGUCCUGCAGAGUUUGCAUGGCUUCUCCCAGCAUCCGAUUUCAGUUGCAUUUUUACGCCGUCGCACCAGAAGCGCUAUCUAUCAGGAUAUUGAAGCUAUUGUUGACAACAUGGGCUACAAUGGACGCGAUUGCGUUUUACGGACACUCUGCGAGAGUCGUCAGUACUUUCAGCGCAACAAGAUGAACAUGGUGGGGGAAAUGCUGCGCACAAUUUUCAGUCUGCCCAAGCAACGAAUUUUCAAACGAGAGCUGGAGGAAAAUUCGGACAUUCUACACUAUGAUAAUGCCUAUAGACAUGCUCAUAAUUUUGAUUGUGCCCGGCACUACGACUGUCAGUUUUCACUGCUCGAGCUGGCCUUUGGAAAGUACUCGACGCCGCCGAAAAAUUAUUAUGCCCAAUAA